GUCUCACCGUGUGAUCUCUUUUUCUAUGCAGGAUGACAUAAUGCAAGCUAAUAGAAAUGUUUUUUUAAUAAAUACAUAUAUAUAUAUAUUUUUUUUUUUGGAAUCUCGCCAAUAAAUACCCAUGAUAUUUUCAUCCUCAAAGUCGUGACGAAGUUUUGAAGCAAGCAGGAAUAGGAGGAGAAUCAUCUUCUGCUGUGAAGAUGGUGUUUGUUAAAGAGGAGAGUGAGGAGAACAUGAGAGAACCAGAAACAUGGAGAAUAAAACAAGAGGAACCAGAAAUAUUGAGAAUAAAACACGAGGAACCAGAAAGAUGGAGAAUAAAACACGAGGAACAAGGAGGGCUGAUGAAAGUGAAGGAAGAAAGACAAGAUCUAGAUGAAGUGGAGGAGGAACAUCACGAUGUGGAUGAAGAAAAGUCAGAGAGUUGCCGCGUUCAAAUAACAGACGUCAAAAGGCCUUUCAGCUGCUCUCAGUGUGGAUACCGUUACGGACAGAGAAGAAGCCUUAUUAAACACAUGAGAAUUCAUACGGGAAAAACCUUUCAGCUGCUCUCAAUGCGGAAACACUUUCACGUGUAA